AUGUCGGCCAUUCCCAAGCUCGCUCUCUCUCGCCUCACUUUUGUCUACUGCGAGCUCAAGUUCUCAGAAGAAGACAAGCUUGCGAAAGCAGUUUUGGAUGUCUUGAAAAACGUCGGCAGUGAGAGUAGCGUGCUCAGUCUGGCCCCGAAAGGAACAGUCACUACUCACGAUGAGAAGAAGCAAAGCUUUGAAUGCGCAUUACGAUAUCUCGCGGGCGCCUGUGUCGAGUGCGAACGUCAAGGCAAUAUAGUUAUGGUACAAGUUUGCAAGAGUCUCGGGAAGAAGUUUUGUGGGAGGAAGAAGUUCAAAAUGGUUCUUGAUACAGCCAGGGAAGUUCCUGACAUUGCGAUCGACUCUUCUGAUGGGACUAGAGGCAAGUUAUCUUCUUAA